AUGUAUGGUUUCAAUCCUUAUAUGAAUUCAGAAAUGGCAUCUGAUAUGUGGAUUCAACGGAAUAUUCCCGGCGGAUUAAACAGUUCAUUGGGUGAAUAUCUUGAUAAUAGAAUGGGUGGAAAUCCAAAUCCAACAUGGGGUCAAAUCUAUGGAGGUUAUCCUGGAGUUGGUGGUUAUGGUAGUGGAUAUGGAUAUUCCUAUGGAUGGUGA